AUGUCGGUUCUGGAGGACAUCUUCAAAGAAAAACAGAUAAAAGAGACGCCCAAGACGGUGACUCAGAUGUACAUCCACUUCAUGAGGAAUGGUGUGGACAAGGCCUUACAGAGUGAGAACGGACAACUGGACUUGUUCCUCCGCUUCCUCCUGGGCCUCUCUCUGGAGACCAAUCAGAUUGUCCUACGAGGUCUGCUGGGACAGACAGGAAAUAGCUCACUGACCAAUACAGAAACAGUGUCUUACAUCAAGGAGAAGAUAAAAGGAGAUCUAUCUUCAGAGAGAAGCAUCAAUCUGUUCCACUGUCUGAAUGAGCUGAACGACCGUUCUCUAGUGAAGGAGAUCGAACAGUACCUGACAUCAUCGAGUCUCUCCGGAGAAUCUCUCUCUCCUGCUCAAUUGUCUGCUCUGGCCUUCAUCCUAGUGACAUCAGAAGAGGAGCUGGACGUGUUUGACCUGAAGAAAUACUCUGCUUCAGAGGAGGGUCUUCUGAGGCUGCUGCCAGUGGUCAAAGCCUCCAAAACAUCUCUGAUUCAGGAGUGAAGCUGCUCUCUG